UUUCAUUUAGCCGAAAUAAAUUGUGAAUUGUUGCUGGAAAAGGCGUCAAAAAAUUAGCGAAAAUAGGAAAAAAGUGAAAACUUGUCGAGGUACUGUCGUGUGGAAGUCGAAAACUUGCCGUUUGCAACAUAAAACGCGAGAAAUCCGUGGAAAUAAUUCGCAGCAGAUUUUUUUUUUUGAAGCAGCGAGUGUGUGUUCAAAUACAUAUAAUACAAAAUAUACACAUAAAAGUAAUAAAUUCACUGCUACAGCUCUCCUAUAUUACAUGUAUAAUAUAUAAAAUAUAUUAAAAUAUAGAAAAAAAAAGUCGAGAAAAGGAAAAAAUUCAAAAAAUUCAUCAACCAGGACAUUUUACGCACUUUUUUUUGGAUUAGUCGCAGACAGUUUCACCUCAAUUUGAUUCAAUCCCGAUGAAAAUCACCACAAAAUUAGGAAUAGCUGUUUAAUUUUAAAGCAAUUAUAAAUGGCACGCAUGCAACACAGAAGUCAUCACAAUGAAGAGUACGGUACGCCAAAAGUCCUAAUAUAAGUAAAAAUAGUGUUAAAAAUCAAAGAAACUCAUUGAAAAGUGACAUUAAAAAACCUGUGAACGAUCCUUAAUACAAAAAAAUACACAAAAAAUUGAUCAAAAGCGCACUUCCAAGCAGUGGCUGAAAAAAAAAGUUGAAAAAAAGUGAUAGUAGACGUAAUCGAUAGACGUUACUUUUAUAUUAUUCUUAGUUUUUAAAGUUAAUUUUUUACAAAAAAAACACCCGCAAAACAAAAUGAUGACAAAAAGACCGAGAUUGGGUGACGUUCGCGCUCCCAUUUCCAACGGACCAUUGCAGCCAAGACCCUUAGUGGCACUCCUCGAUGGCCGAGACUGUUCAAUAGAAAUGCCAAUACUGAAAGAUGUUGCCACAGUUGCAUUUUGCGACGCCCAAAGUACAUCGGAAAUACAUGAAAAGGUUCUCAACGAAGCCGUUGGCGCUCUAAUGUGGCACACAAUCAUUCUAACGAAAGAGGAUUUGGAGAAAUUCAAGGCUCUGAGGAUAAUUGUGCGUAUCGGGAGCGGCGUCGAUAACAUCGAUGUGAAAGCUGCCGGCGAACUGGGUAUUGCCGUUUGUAAUGUUCCGGGCUAUGGUGUAGAAGAGGUAGCUGACACAACGCUGUGUUUAAUCUUGAAUUUAUACCGACGCACAUACUGGCUGGCAAACAUGGUUCGAGAGGGCAAAAAGUUUACGGGACCCGAACAAGUGCGAGAUGCGGCACAGGGUUGCGCUAGAAUAAGAGGAGAUACAUUGGGCAUCGUUGGUUUGGGAAGAAUCGGAUCAGCCGUUGCCCUGAGAGCUAAAGCAUUUGGAUUCAAUGUCAGCUUCUACGAUCCCUAUCUUCCUGAUGGCAUUGAAAAGUCAUUAGGCCUAAAUAGAGUGUACACACUGCAAGAACUCCUAUUUCACUCUGAUUGUGUCUCGCUACAUUGUACAUUAAAUGAACAUAAUCAUCACUUAAUCAAUGAAUUUACAAUUAAACAAAUGAGACCUGGAGCAUUUCUAGUAAACACAGCCCGAGGCGGAUUAGUGGAUGACGACGCACUGGCAGCUGCCCUCAAGCAUGGAAGGAUACGCGCUGCAGCCCUCGAUGUCCACGAAAACGAACCAUUUAAUGUAUUCCAAGGUGCAUUGAAGGACGCCCCCAACUUGCUAUGUACUCCGCAUGCGGCAUUUUACAGCGAAGCGGCCACCACAGAGCUCCGCGAGAUGGCAGCGAGCGAGAUAAGGCGAGCCAUUGUCGGCAACAUACCCGAUUGUCUGCGAAAUUGCGUGAACAAGGAAUACUUUUUGCGAUCCUCGUCGGGAGCAGGAAUAAACGGUGGCUAUUAUUCAGGCGGAUUACAGCAGGCACAUAGUACAACACCAUUGGAAGCUCCUCACAGCGCAGGCUCUCACGUCCCACCAAGUGUGUCAACUCCACAAGCUGUGCCCCCAAGUUCGGCCGUGUCAGCUCCUCCACCACUUCAACAUCCUCUGCUCAACAAAUCGCCUCUUAGUGCCCCAGAUCCAAGUAACCAUCAUGCUACGAAGCCAGAGCCAAGUGAUGUUCACUAAAAUAAUCUACUUCAACUCCAGACCAUCACCAGAGAAAGGAAAAGGGUAUAAACGAACCUCAGGCACAACUUAGACAAGAAACAACAAAUCAACUGACACAAUUCGACUUUAGUAAUAAACAGAAAACAAAAAAAAACUAGAAGGAACGCAUGUAAAAAAAUCCAUUAAAAUAAGAAAAACAAAAUAAAUUCAGGAAACAGAUUAAAUUAAAUAAAUCUUCUAUUUAACAAAAAAAGUUUAAAUUUUUUCCAUCCAUCUGUGGACUCGGCUUGUGAUUCCCAAUUUAUAGAAUUUUAUUGAUUCCUGUACGAUCCAUAUUUUUCCCCGAAAAAAAA